AUGACGGAGGUGACGAAGGAAGCGUUAAACGAAGCGAAAAAGAAGCGGAGAUGUGCAAAAUCGAGUGUUACAAGGGCAGGAAAUGGCUUGGAUUAUUUAUUGAAAAAUGAGAGACCUAUACCGGAAGUUGAGGAAUCACUCGCUAAUUUGGAAGAUUUAUACAAGAAAUUGGUUGAAAAACACGACGAAUAUAUUCAGUUGGUGGAUGGCGAUGAAGAAUUUGCAACUGAGGAAGAAUGGAUUGAAGAUUGUCAACAGAGGUUUAUGCAGAUAAGGAUCAGAACAAAGGAUUAUUUAAAGGUCAAGUCACAAGGUCAGUUUGAAAAUGAAACAAACCCAGAAAUAGGUUUAGUGCCCAAUCAAACCGAGACAACUGUUAGUGACAAUGGGCAGCAAGAGCAUGACGGUAUCCCUGGGUCUGGUCAAGGCCCAUCCCACCAAGGUGAAGGUCCAUCCCACCAAGGUCAACCCCCAACCCAUGAAGGUCAACCCCCAUCCCACCAAGGUCAACCCCCAUCCCACCAAGGUCAAACCCCAUCCCACCAAGGUCAACCCCCAACCCACCAAGGUCAAGAACACAAUAGUCCAAGUUCAAGUGAGGGUGCUCAAAGUAUUUCAAAUGUUCAACCUGUUUGUGGUUUCAAAAUGGAGAAGCCAAAAAUGCCUCGAUUUAGUGGUGAUGUCAGAGAGUACAGUAUUUUUCGAGAUGACUUUAAGCAUGCUAUUGAAUCUAGAUACACUAAACGAGAUGCAAUGACGUACCUUCGUGCAUGCUUGCAGGGAAAACCCCUAGAGCUUAUCAAAGGAAUUGGUACAGAUUAUGAUGGUGCAUGGCAAUAUUUAGACUCAAUCUAUGGAGACCCCAGAUAUGUGUCGGACCAAGUAACCCAAGACCUGUCAAAGUUCCGACCCCUGAAAGAAGGAGAAGAUUCACGCUUUUGUGAUCUGGUGCAUUUAGUAAAGCGUAGUUUCAAUACGAUGAAGGGAGUGGGAAAACCCCAUGAUAUGGAUAACAAUCACAUGUUAUCACUAAUAGAACAGAAAAUGUGUGUGGAAGAUAGAAAGAUUUGGGCUCGUGAGUUGGAAAGGAAUGAAAAGCCAGCAAGCUUACAAGGUCUCAUUGCUUGGAUGGAGACGGAAAUGAAGUCGAGGAUGCGUGCAACUGCUCCACUGAGAAAUCCGAGUCAGGGUUCGAGAUAUGUCAAUCAGCUAUCUGGAGGAAAACCACCAAAGUGUUGGAUCUGCGACAAUUCAACACACUGGGUAGACCAAUGUGAAAAAUUUAAGUCCAUGAGUCCAGAGGACCGUUUGAAAACAGUAAGAGAAAACCACGCUUGUUUCAGUUGUCUUAAGAAGGCCGGACGUGAUCACAGAGCAUCAAACUGUAGUAGAAGGAAGCAGUGUACACAGACAAUAAGUGGCGUUCAAUGUAAAUAUUAUCAUCAUAUUCUUUUGCAUCCUUCAAAUCCUGCAGCAUCAGUGGGCGUAGCAUCGGUAGAAAACAACACGGAAGCAAUGCUGCCAGUUAUAACAGUGAAGAUAUCUGGAAAGAACAAUCGACACAAACAAGGGAACAUUCUACUCGACUCUGGAGCACAAAUAAGUCUGAUUUGCACAAGUACAGCAAAGAAUUUGGAUUUAAAGGGAAAGGAUGUUUCGAUAACUAUUAGAAAAGUGGGCGAUGAAGAAGAAGUGUUGGCGACAAAAGUAUAUCAAGUUCCCAUUACGUCAUUGGAGUCUGGUGCGAAGUUCACAGUCAAAGCUGUUGGAAUUCCACAUAUUAGCGAUGACAUUUCAAAUAUCAAUAUUGAUGAAAUGGUAAAAGGAAUUGGAAUCCCUGAAGUGAAAAUUUACCGAGAAUGUGGCCCAAUCGAUAUGCUUAUUGGGAUUGAUCACGCUUAUAUGCAUACUGGAGAUUCAAAGAAAGUCGGUAACGUUGUUGCGAGACAUUCACCUCUUG